AUGAGCACAGCAUGCGAUUCUCUCCAGGAUGUUGAGAAUCCAUCACUCGCUGUCCCUGGGCCGCCCGACAGUGGAUACGGCUGGGUAUGCGUUGCAGCAUGCUUUGCCAUCAACUGCUUUACAUGGGGAGUGCUUGCCUCCUUCUCAGCAGCGGCCGCACCCAUGGACUUUGCCUUCAUCGGAGGACUAAACUUUUCCGUGGCGAUGCUGGCCUCUCCAGCCGUGACGGUCCUGGUCCGCCGUAACCCCUACGUCAUCCAGUUGCCCAUGCUCAUCGGCGUAUGUCUACAAACAACUAGAUUUAUCACAGCGUCGUUUGCAACACGUAUUUGGCAUCUUUACCUUACCCAAGGCGUCCUAGUUGGCCUAGGAGUUGGUUUCACCUACAUUCCCAGCAUCGCCGUGCUGUCUCAGUGGUUCCGCCGACGCUGCAGCCUAUCAAACGGCAUCAGUGCUGCGGGAUCUGGCAUCGGGGGCCUCUUAUUCUCCUUUAUGGUGCGCUCAGCUAUUAGCAACACCUCUAUAGCCUGGUCGCUUCGCAUCACUGGGCUCAUCAGUGGAUUUAUGAAUAUCCUAGCAACAGUUGCCAUCCGGAGUCGCAAUCAUAUCAUUCAACCAAAACAACAUCCGUUUGACAUGGAUCUCCUUUGCCGUUACUACGUCCUGUUAGUCCUUAUCUGGUCUUUUGUGAGCAUAUUAGGCUAUAUAACUCUGCUUUUUUCCAUGUCCAGCUUUGCAAGUUCUAUAGCGUUUUUAAAUCUGGGCACUGCACUUGGAAGGCCUUUUAUCGGGGUAGUCAGUGAUUGUUUUGGUCGAAUACAGACUGCGGGAUUCAUAACUCUUCUAUGCGCACUAUCAGUCUUUGCAAUUUGGAUCCCGGCGACCUCUUACGGAGUUACCAUUCUCUUAAGUGUCCCUGAAGUAAUAGCACUCAAACUUAGACGUCCCGGAUCCGGACAUGAGUUCCUUUACUCCCAGAUCUUUGCCGGGUUGACAUACCUCGCAGCCAGCAUAAUUAUGCUGGAGCUGUGGCGAGUCCACCGACGACCAACUGUUGUCGAUGAACAUGACUUAGGUCACAGAGCACCGGAAAUAGACGGCGGCGAGUAGUAUUUCCUAAUGCUUCUGCUCUCGCGUAAUGUCUGGGUUUCUU